GAAUUCUGAAGAAGACGCACCUCAUCCCAAGAAACAAGAAGUUUCCAGCAGCACUGCAGGGCGAGAUCCCUGCAGAAUCUUCAGUGGAAAAAAUUAUCCUGGUGUCACUGUGGACAUUGCCAUGCCUUUUCUGCCAUGCUUGAAAAAAAAGAAGUCACCUGUGCCUUUAGGCAGGAAUAUCUUUCAAAACCACACCCUACCCAUCCAGCAGAACUACCAGGCCUUGCUGGAGAUGUGCUUGAAGAAAAAAUGCCUGUUCACAGAUGACAACUUCCCUGCUCACAUCAGCUCUAUUGGAACAGGAGCACUGCUAAAGAAACUACCCCAAAAUUUACAGUGGAAGAGGCCACAUGCUUUGCACAGAACUCCAGUAUUUUAUGCUGCAAACAGAAAGCAGCUUGAUCUCUGCCAAGGAUUGGUGGAGAACUGCUGGUUCCUGGCGGCCUUGGAAGCCCUGACGUUCCACCAGGACAUCUUGGCUGCAGUCGUGCCACAAAACCAGAGCUUUGAGAGGAAAUAUGCCGGCAUUUUCCACUUCCGGUUCUGGCACUUCGGUGAAUGGAUUGACGUGGUGGUUGAUGAUCGCCUGCCGGUGAACCAGGCGGGGGAGCUGGUCUUUGUUUCCUCAGUCUAUAAGAAUGUGUUCUGGGGAGCCCUUCUGGAGAAGGCAUACGCUAAACUUUAUGGCUCCUAUGAAGAUCUGCAGAUUGGGCAAGUUUCAGAAGCCUUGGUGGAUUUCACAGGUGGUGUUAAUAUAAGAAUCAAGCUUACAACAGCUCCUCAUGAUCUCUGGGAUAUCCUGACAAGAGCAACCUACAGCAGAUCUCUCAUGGGCUGUCAGACACAUUUAGGGGCAACAAAGAUCCUGAAGAAUGGGCUUGUUGCUGGCCAUGCCUACACAGUAACUGGUAUUAGAAAGGUGACCUGUCAAUAUGGACCGGAAAACCUAGUAAGACUGAGAAAUCCAUGGGGAAAAAUUGAGUGGAAAGGAGACUGGAGUGACAGCUCUUACAAAUGGGAGCUGCUGAGCCCGAAGGAGAAGAUUUUGCUGAGGAAGAAGAAGGAGGAUGGAGAAUUCUGGAUGUCUCUGCGAGAUUUUAAAAUUCAUUUUGUAGAUCUGACGAUCUGUAAAUUAACUCCAGACCUGAUGAGCCAGGAGGAUGGGAAGAAGUGGAUGUACUCCCUGAAGAGUGGGAGAUGGGUUAAAGGAAGCACAGCGGGAGGAAGUCUGGGAUUCUGUAAUGUCACCUUUUGGAUGAACCCUCAGUACUGGCUGAAUGUUUUACCAGUUGAAGACAGUAAGAAAAGCCUGGGUUCCUGCAAUGUGGUUAUAUCCCUGAUGCAGAAACACAGCAGCAAACACCGGAACCGAGCUCCUCACCUCUUCAUUGGAUUUUCACUCUACAAGUACCAGGAAAGCAACAGAAAACUGCCCCCAGCUUUCUUCACCCGACAUCAGCCUGUGAACAAGCACCAGGUCUUCCUUGAUGAGCGGGAAGUGACUCAUGACUUCCAUCUGCAGCCUGGUGUCUAUGUGAUUGUCCCAUCUACCCUGGAGUCUCAGCAGGAGUCUGAAUUCAUCCUGCGGGUCUUCUCCAGGAAGCAUGUUCUUCGGGAAAUGGGCGGGAACACCAGUUUCACCCUCUCUAAGGAAAUUGUUGAUAGGUAUGAAGGCAAGAUUUGGGAGGAUUUCUUCACAAAGCAUUUUGAACAGAAUCCUGAAAUAAAUGCUGUUCAGCUCCAGAGGAUCCUGAAUAAUAUGUGUUGGAGAAAUUUCCAGAGUUUUCACCUAAGUUUCAGUCUGGAUGCCUGCCAGAGUAUCUUGGCGCUCCUGGAUCUGAAUGCUUCUGGCACACUGAGUAUCCAGGAAUUCAGAGUCCUGUGGAAAAGGCUGCUUUUCUAUUUGGAAGUUUUCCAGAAAAGAGACACUAGCAGAUCAGGAAAGCUUGACCUUGUGGAACUACAUGCAGCUGUACGGGAGACAGGCAUUUCACUCAGCAAUGAAGUCUGUAAUUUGAUGGCAAUCAGAUAUGGUGACCCUGACUUGAAGAUCAGCUUUGAGAGCUUUGUGUGCUUCAUGCUUCGAGUGGAGAUCAUGGGAGAGGCCUUUCGCAACUUAACACAAGAUGGCAAAGGGAUAUAUCUCCGGGAAUCUGAGUGGAUGAUGAUGACACUGUACUCCUGA